AUGCGCAGAUCACGCACGGUGUCUGUGGACCAUGAGGCUAAGGAGGAGUGCAGCCCCAGCCCACAGCCAGGGAAAGACGGGUCUACCAGGAAACGAUGGUCGUUUGCCAUCAAGAAGAAGUGGUUCUCGUCCUCGACGACGAAGAGUCGGGACUCGAAGGAGUCCCCGUUGAACUCCCCGAGCACGGCGACGCACGUAGGCGACCCGGCGCUGCUCGCCGCGCCCAGGCGCACCACACUGGGCCCGAAUUCAGACCAGCCAAGCGGUUCCGGCGCGUUCACCGACCGGCCCGACUCCAGCCCUGCCGGCAGCGCUAUCGGCAAGCGGAAAUCAUUCAGGGGCCUCAUCGGCAGCAAGAAGGAGCGAGCCUCACCCGGCCUCUCCUCAUCACCAGCCCGCAGCACUACCCAUUCGGAACGAAACUCCCUCUCCGGACCGGCGUCCACCCAGAACAACAACCACAACCACUCCGUGUCACCAGUGCCUAGCACGCAGACAGACGAGCUCGCCCCGGGUCCGUCGCCCCAAAUGCUCGAUCUCGAGGUCCCGUGCGCAGAGACGGCGGGCAACGGCCCAACCGAGAAUGCCGACGAAGCGUCAACGGCCGCCAGCGGGUCGGCAGCCCCGGAAAAUAACGGUGACGUGGAAGAGAAGCAGGAGAUGACCCCUCAAGAGACAGCACGGCACAAAAGACACUAUGUGUUGAUGGAGCUCGUUGAGACGGAGAAGGACUAUGUCAAGGACUUGGCAUCUGUCGUAGAGGGAUACGUGGCAAAUUGUGAAGCCAGUUUACCAGAAGAUCUCGUCGGCAAGGACAAGAUUAUCUUUGCGAACAUUGCUCAGAUCCAGGAAUUCCAUGCAAAUUCAUUUUUAAAGGAAAUUGAGAAAAGUAUGACCGACUACAAUGCAGCUGGGAGAGCUUUCGUCAAAUACGAGAGGAGGCUAGAGAAUCUCUACGUUAAGUACUGCCAAAAUAAGCCCAAGUCCGAUUACUUGGUCGCGCAGGAGCAGUUCGAACAGUUUUUCGCGGAAACGAAGCUCAAGCUCGGGCACAAGGUGGCACUUUGUGAUCUGUUGAUCAAGCCGGUGCAACGGAUCAUGAAGUACCAACUCUUGCUCAAGGACAUCUUAAAAUUUACGGAACGGGCCGCCGACGACACCAAGGAGUUGAAAAAGGCUCUACAGGUAAUGCACGUCGUCCCCAAGGCCUGCGACGAUAUGAUGCAAGUCGGACGUCUCCAAAACUUUGACGGGAACCUCAGCGCGCAGGGGAAGCUGAUGUAUCAGGGUACGCUGGCCAUCAGCGAGUCAUUGGGCGGGAAGCUCGAUAAGCCGAAGGACCGUCGGAUUUUCCUCUUCGAGCAGUCGGCCAUCGUCGCCGAUCACAUCCCGCCGAAGAAGGAGUUCGGCAACCCGACCUACAUUUUUAGGAGCCAAAUUAUGGUGAACAAGAUGAUGUUGGAAGCAAAUGUGGCCGACGAUCCGCUGAAGUUCAUCAUCAAAAUGGACGAGAAGAAGGCGGGGGCGUCGGCAAACAACGUCGACUGCGGGCCGCAGCCCGCUUUCAUCGCCCUCUCACAAACGCCCGAGGAAAAGGCGCAGUGGAUAGCCGCCAUUUCGGCGCAGUUGGAUCAGCAGAAGACGCUGCUUGCCGCGCUUGUGGACCCGAAACGUUACCAAUCACACGAAGACAAGAAGGGCGGAGCCUCAAGUGCACCGGUCGUCAGCGGGUCGGCCAACGCCUUCGGCAAGUUCGGCGCAACAGGGGCAAAGGGUGCUCCCGGCAAAGUGGACUCGCCGCGCCAUGGGUCAGCCUCGUCGGCGAAAGACCAGGGCAAGCCGAAGAGCGGCGGGCUAUUUGGCUUCGGGAAGAAGGCGCAGACGAAGAGCCCGACCAGCCCGCCACCCACCAGCAAGAAGCUCGACGUCACGGCUGCAUCAGAGCAAUCUAAGGAGCCAUUGAGCGCCGGCCCGGAUUGGCUAUUGAGUGCGAUUCUGAGCGAUGCUAGAGCCGGAGAAUACGAUUCGCUGGGGAUUCUCUCUAAUCCGCUAGCCGAGCCCUUUGGCGCAAUGAUGACUCCACGACCAAUUGUACCUACUGGUCGUCCGUUUGUCAUCAAAGGCCUGGAGGACCAAAUAGUGGCUGAGGGGGCAAGACUCGUCUUCGAGGCCGAAUUUUACAGCCCGACCGCGCUGUCAGCUCUAUGGAGAGGGCCGGCGGUAGAGCAGGGCGACGCUCUCGUCACGGGCCUCGGUACCUCAACCAAAAUGGUAGUCGAAAGCUCUUUGCGCAGUCACUCGGGCCAGUACUCGAUCAUUGCGGAAAAUGAGCUCGGUUCUACGUCAACGGAGGCGAUAGUUACGGUACUUGGCCGCCCGGCAGCACCGCAAGGCGUGCAAAUUGAAAAGACGGGACGUGACUCGAUACGGCUGAGUUGGCAGUAUCAGCCGCACUGCCAGUACAGCGUCGAGUACACGCGUGAAGGAGCUCCACUAUACCGUUGUGCGCGGAGCGGGAUUACGAAGCCAAGCGUCACCUUGAGAAACUUCCGCCCGAUGCGCUACCUAAUCCGCGUCGUCCCCUCAAAUCUGUGUUGUCGAGGACCGCCGUCCGAAUCACUGGUGCUCGAUUUUUCCGAGGAGUCUCAGGAAUCGCUGCCGAUUUUUGAGGCGAGCUUCGUCUUUUCCGAGCUGCUCGGCUGCGGUCGGACGGCGUUCGUCUUUGAAGCGAAGAAAUUGGCCGGGUCCAGUCGAAAAUACGCAGCAAAGGUCUACGCGGCCCGACGGAACUCCAAUGACGUGGCGCGUGAGGCAGAGAUAUUGUCGCAAUUAACGCACCCAAACCUGCCGAACUUCGAGGGCACCUUCCGCUCCGACCGGGGAUUGGUGAUCGUCGUCGAGAGGGUACCCGGCGUCGACAUUGUCAGCUUUAUCUGCCAGCUUGGUUACCUCUCGGAAGGUAUUCUACAACAAAUCUCGCGUCAAAUUUUCUCCGCCCUUGCCUACCUGCAGCAGCUCGGCAUUGUCCACCUCGAUGUCAAGCCUGACAAUAUCCUUGUCGACAACAGGGCGACGUUGAUAGAUUUUGGAUGCGCUCAGCAGAUCAACGCCGCCGAUUGCAGUUGGUCUGACGGGGACCCACAGUUCCGAAGCCCUGACGAAAAGCUUGGUCCUCCCAGCAACGCGGCCGACCUCUGG